CCUGCCAGGCGGGGGACUUGGGUUUCACUCGGGGCUGGCAGUGCACAGGAUCGCCUCGGAGGCGGCUGGAAAGGACGGGGAAUAGUUUUGUCACAUAAAAACAAGCCCUGUGUUGCUCCGGGAGCGGUGUCGAAAGUCUCGUUCCUCAAAGGACUCCUCUUUUCUUCUCGGAUAGAAAGGGCUGUAAUUGAAGUACAAGAUGGCAAGAACCAGCCACAGCAACUAUGUCCUUCAGCAGCUAAACAACCAAAGAGAGUGGGGCUUUCUGUGCGACUGCUGUAUCGCUAUCGAUGAUAUUUAUUUUCAAGCACAUAAAGCAGUUCUUGCUGCGUGCAGCUCCUAUUUUAGGAUGUUUUUUAUGAACCAUCAACACACUACAGCCCAGCUGAAUCUAAGCAACAUGAAGAUUAGCGCUGAAUGCUUUGAUCUUAUUUUACAGUUCAUGUAUUUAGGAAAAAUUAUGACAGCCCCUGCAAAUUUUGAGCAGUUCAAAGUGGCCAUGAACUAUUUACAGCUAUAUAACGUACCUGAAUGUCUAGAAGAUAUACAGGAUACAGACUCGUCUGGUUUAAAAUGUUCAUCUUCUGCUUCUAGCACCCAGAAUAGUAAAAUGAUAUUUGGCGUGCGAAUGUAUGAAGACACGCUUGCUCGAAAUGGCAGCGAAGCAAACAGGUGGGGCAUGGAGCCGCCAAGUUCAACAGUAAAUACAUCCCAUAACAAAGAGCCCGAUGAAGAAGCUUUGCAGCUAAGUAGCUUCCCCGAACAACUGUUUGAUGUCUGCAAAAAAAGCACCACGUCCAAGUUCUCUCACACGAAAGAGCGCGUGUCCCACUCGCGCCGUUUCGGAAGAAGCUUCACCUGCGACAGCUGCGGGUUUAGUUUUAGCUGUGAAAAGCUACUGGAUGAGCACGUGUUAACGUGCACCAACAGGCAUUCUUACCAAAGCGCCCGGUACUACAGUGCUGAAAAAAUAGACUUUAACGAAAAAGACUCUGCUUCUAAAAUAAUCUCCACACAGACAGAAAAAUACAAGGGGGACUCGAGCCAAGCUGCUGACGAUUCUUCGUCUCCCGUGUCAAACAUCACAAGCAGAAAAAGCAGCACGGUUGCCUCCGAGACAUCAGGUGAGGAAGGAAGUAGAGCCUCUGAGAGGAAGAGGAUUAUCAUCAAGAUGGAACCAGAGGACAAUCCUGUAGACGAGCUGAAGGAUUUUAAUAUUAUUAAGGUGACAGAUAAAGACUGCAACGAGUCUUCCGACAAUGACGACCUCGAUGAUGAACAGGAGGAGCCGCUUUACAGAUACUACGUUGAGGAAGAGAUCAGAGAGAAGAGAAACGCUCGGAAGACUUUAAAACCCCGUUUAUCCAUGGACGAGGAUGAAAGAAAGUGUUUGAAAAGUCCGCGGCACCUUAGCAGGAAGGCUCCUUCAGUGCAGGAAGAUGUGGAGAACGCUCCCUGCGAACUUUGUGGGCUAACAAUCACCGAGGAAGAUUUGUCCUCUCAUUAUUUAUCCAAACACAUAGAAAAUAUAUGUGCUUGUGGCAAGUGUGGUCAAAUCCUGGUCAAAGGCAAGCAGCUACAGGACCAUGCGCAGACCUGUGGAGAGCCCCAGGAUCUGACCAUGAACGGCAUCAGGAAUUCUGAAGAGAAAAUGGACUUAGAAGAAAACCCCGAGGAGCAGUCAGAAAUAAGGGACAUGAUGUUUGCAGAGAUGCUAGAGGACAUCAGGGACAGUCAUUUCCAAAUGAACAGCCUUCAGAAAAAACAGUUAUACAAGCAUUCUGCCUGUCCUUUCCGAUGCCCUAAUUGCGGUCAGCGUUUUGAAACUGAAAACCUAGUGGUUGAACAUAUGUCAAACUGCCUGGAGCAAGAUCUGUUCAAGAACUCCAUGAUGGAAGAGAACGAGAGGGAUCACAGACGUAAGCAUUUCUGCAAUCUUUGUGGGAAAGGAUUUUAUCAGCGUUGCCACUUGCGGGAACACUAUACCGUUCAUACCAAGGAAAAACAGUUUGUUUGUCAGACAUGUGGGAAGCAGUUCUUAAGAGAGCGCCAGUUGCGGCUCCACAAUGAUAUGCACAAAGGCAUGGCCAGGUAUGUCUGUUCCAUUUGUGAUCAAGGAAACUUCCGAAAACAUGACCAUGUACGGCAUAUGAUAUCUCACUUAUCAGCUGGAGAGACUAUAUGCCAGGUCUGCUUUCAGAUAUUCCCAAAUAAUGAGCAACUGGAGCAGCACAUGGAUGUUCAUCUGUAUACAUGUGGAGUAUGUGGAGCAAAAUUUAAUUUGAGGAAAGAUAUGAGAUCUCACUAUAAUGCCAAGCAUUUGAAAAGAACAUAAGCGUAAACAUACUGUUAAAGCGUUAAGCUGGCAGCAGAGAGAACACCAAAGCAAGGCAUACAGUAUAGUAGACAAAAAUUGAAAAAAAAACAAAAAAAAAAAAAAAAUUGAAAAUAAGUCUCUUUUUUUUAUUAUUUUUUUUUAAGACCCUCCUAACCAUAGGUGUCUAUUUAGGCUCAUUAAGUAUAUAGCUUUGAAAAGCAUCAUGUGUUUAAUUAUUACAUUUUCACUGUUUCCUAAUAUCAGUUUCUGUUCUUAAUUUUAUUGUUUUACUAAGUAGAUAUACAAAUCAUUAUUUUUAAACUGUAGAUUAAAAGCACAAUGUUACCCCUUCACUGACUGCUAUUAAACAGUUCUCGGAUCCAUGUCCGUAAGACGAGUGCUUUAAUAUUUCCAUGUGUUGUUUCUUCAUGUGCAAAUUUUAGAUCACAGCGAUUAACGUGGAAAAGCAUAAUUGUUCAUAAUCCCCAAAUUAAUUUUCAAAAUGAAAAAAAAAAAAAAACCCCAAACCAACCCAAUGCCAAGAAAUAAUCCUUUGCUCUCUGACUCUGCCAUAAGGGCAGAGCUGGCUGUCCUGCUCCUCUGCUUCUUGGCUUUGUUGGAACAUGCAUCCCAGGGGUGAGAGCACGUAGGCUCAGUUAAACCUUGCAGACUCGGACCGGUGUGCGCAAAGGGAAAGGGAGUUAAUGACUGUCGGGAUGACCGAGGAGUUCCCAGCAGAGUGGUCGUUUCCCAGACUUGAAGUCCUAGCAGAACUGUACAACUGACCUUGGCCUUUUCGUUUUCUGUCUGUACCUCCGUGGGUAUAUAUAACCUGCUUGCUCUAAUGGACAAGGGAAGAGUGGCUGUGGUGGAUUGUUAGCAAUGCAGACUGGCGAUGUGCAUUGAAGACUGCAUUUCUCAGCCUAGCUGUAAAUGGUGCCUUGCUGCUUGCGUUGGGAAGCUAAAAGUGGGAUCGGGUGUGAAGAUAGUCCCAUUGCUGGGGCGGGGAGGGGACGGGGGAGUGCGGCUCAUGUCAACCUUAGUUUUUUUGUUUCUUGUUUUCAUGCUACUUUCUGAAUGUUCUGUUUUUCAACAAGAAUAUAAUAAGAAAAGACUGCAGAGUUUGCUUAAUAAAUGUAAAGACAUUUUAUGCCUUUUAAGAUUCCUUUCUGAUUCUAGUAUAGCCCUAAUCUGCGUAGCUUGUCUCUUAAUUUAAUUGAAUUUAAAAAUCCUACUAAGCUGACAUCAAUUCAGUGAGGCAGUUUGGCCUUUGAGAGAACGACUGGCUUUGGCUCUUCGGCGCCAGCUGUGCAAUCGUUUGUUAAGUGCGUGACUUCUAAGGGGGGGGAGGAAAGGAUCCUAGUAUGUAAUGGUGGAGAAAACAAUUAAACCCCAAAACCUAGCAGUACUUUCUCCAGCGGAUCUCACUUUAUCGAAGUGGGUUGCCGUGCUGUUCCCACUGAGCCGUGGAGGGAGGAGAGCCAUUUAGAUCAGCAGUAAAGGCAGCUGGAUGGGGUGAUUGGUGUAGGUCCCUUCCAUCUGAAAUAUUCUGUUCUGUCACCUUGCACACCAGUGGUGGGGCUGAGGAGCCAGGAGCUGAGGGUCUAGUCCAGGGCUUUCAUGUGCUUGUCGCUCUCGGAGCUGUGUUUUGAUCCCUUGUUGCUUCCUGGGGAUUACGAAGGGUAUCGAGCUUUAAUGUUAGACUAUUUAGAGAAAUUAGUGCAGUUCAGAAGCUCCACUAUAACUAUUUAAAUUAGUAUGAGCUGCCUUAUGUCGAGGCAUUGAUUUCUCUUGGUUGGUAGACGUGUGCGUUUCUGCAGUGAUGGCGAAGGACCCCGCCACCAGCCCUCAGUCCCGAGCAGCGGCCGGCUCCCCGGGCACUGACUGCUUCGGGUGCGGGUCGGGCCCUUAGCGUUUUGCCAUAACUGCUCACUCCUAUGUUUUCUUGUAUGAUGCUGAAGCCAACCAAGUCCUGAAUAACACUGGGGCCAAAAAAACCAUGGACAUGAAUGCGCUCCAGCAUUUCAGUUAAUUCAGAGCUUCCUCCUCCUUAGGAUUUAUUCCACAUUCCCCAGCCCAACCCAGGCUGAAGCUCAUGGUGCAAGAGUUCAAAGAAUAAGCGGGAUGGGUAUUUUAACACUUUCUGGCACUGGAAUCAGUGCUAAGGUGAUUGUAAGACUCUUCAAAAGACAAAAUAUUUAACUAUUAACGAUCAUUGUAGCGAUGUUAGUCAAGUGCUGUAGUGGAGGAGUUGGGGGGGUUAAUAGCACUGCACACAGCAAUUCUCUGACAUGCAGGUUAUCCCUUACGCCAUCGGCUGUGGCUGGACUGGGAAAAGCAGCCAGGGGAAGUGAGGAAGGACUGGAGGGCACUGGGGGAGUUGGCGGAAGAGUCUUGUGGUGCUGGGAGAGCGGGAAGGCUGAGUGGGAGAGGAGAUCCUGAGUGGGAGGGAGUGGGGGGGUAGGAUUAGAGCUGCCCAGUGGGAAGCAAGUCCCGCAGGUGGCGUGGAGGGGG